AUGGCGAGCAAAAAGGUCUCUGUUUCCUCGACUUCUCUGUCUAUGACUCUUCCAAUUUCUUGCCAGAUAUGUCUUGGAAAGGUGAGUGCUCCUAAUACGAGUAAAAAUGCUUGUGUUUCUUGGUAUUGCUAUUCAUAUUUGUGGCGUAAAGUUCAGGCCAAGCUCAUUGUUUUGUUUCGCGUUUUCAAAGGUUAGAGAACCCGUUGUUUGCCCCAAUCAACAUGUGUUCUGCUCAACCUGCAUGGAUACCUGGCUUCGAUCGCACUCAUUUUGUCCAACGUGCCGUACAUCUAUUACUACAGAGCAGCCUUGCAAAGAAAAUCCUAGGUGAGAAAAAUAUAGGGAUGAAUUCUGAUGCCAGUGGGGAAACCGGGAAGCUAAAGCCUAAAUAUUCAUGUAGCAGUCUUCAUUGUUUAUACAGACCAAAGAACAAUGAAACCUUGAAGGCCAAUUCAGAACUUCCUUUUGUUUGAAAGUGUUACGGUGUGAAACCUGCCUUGUGAAAUCUGCCUAGUUACUUUCCGCGAAACCAUGAGUAUGCUCGAUUGAUAGAAGGUCGAAUUGUGCGGGAAAUGCCAAAACCAAUCAGCUUCUUCGAGUUUGCGAAAAGUUCUCGUUGCCCCGGGGUUAACACGUCCUCUAAGAGGGAGACACUUUUUUGGUUCAAAUUAACAUUAUUACGGUUGACACUGCUCAACUAGAUCGAGUUAAAUGGGGUUAAAAUUUCGCACGUUAUAUCAGAUGUGAUUAUUAUGCCCAGGAGUUGCAAUAUAUUUUGACCAAUUUUCCGGACCUGACAGUCCAUUUACAACGGCAAGUGUACACCCAUUGACGUAAUACGAGAAAUACCGAAAGAAAACUAAUCCAGCGUCCCCUUGCUUGAUCUGGAGAAGCUGAGAAAAUUGCGCCAAAAAGCCCUGCCCUCUGACUUUGAACAAAAUUCUGUGUCGGACUUAUGGGUCAUUGACCGUCUGUUGUGCUUGCAUACUGAUCAUAUUUGCCUUGAUUCUGAACCCCCUAGAGACUACUUAAUAAUGACAUUCGUGACCUCAACAACCUAAACCCAUAUCAGCAACAAAAGGAGUGACAUAAUAACUUUAUUGUACCCAAUCAGGUGGGGGAUUCUUUAUAACCUGAUCUUUUAUAAAGCAGUUUUUAAUUGAAAGGCAUCUGUUGUUCACGUUUAUGCCGCAAGCUGUCAGUUUUUACAAAGCAGGAUGUUGUUUAACCCAAUUUCCUGCCGUUACACUUGAAGUGAUUUAAUUUGACUAAUAAAAUUGUAUGGUUUCUGUGGCAACCAAAGUGACCUCCUCUAUUUUUGCUCCAGACAGACAAUUUGUCUGAAUUUUAAUGUAUCUCUUCCUCUAGGAUCCAAUAUUCGUAUCACGGUCCCUGAUAAAUAUUAUUUCACCACAGAAAGUGAACACUUGACAAAUUUUGUCCAAAAAAAAUUUGCCCCCAAGUUUAUUUUUCGUUUUUCAAUCUUUAUAUCAGGAAGUAUUGACUUGCCCGUGAACUCUGAUGCCGUGACCAGAGCUGAGCUGAGAAGAACCAGACUUUGA